AUGACUUCACGACAGCCCAUCCGCAUCGGACUAAUUGGUGCCAACAUCCACCAGGGUUGGUCGCCGCGCGCCCACCUGCCGGCGCUGGCCGCUCACCCCGACUUCGACCUCGCCGCCGUCUGCACCACCCGCCAGGAAUCCGCCGACGAAGCGCGGGCAGCCUUCAACGCCGGCGCCGCCUACGACGACUACAACAAGAUGCUCGCCGACGGCAACCUAGACGCCGCCACCAUCUCCCUGCGUGUGCCGCGCCACUACGAUCCGACGAUGGCCGCGCUGAAGGCCGGCAAGCACGUUUUUACCGAGUGGCCGCUGGGUCGCACCACCGCCGAGGCCAUCGAGAUGGCCGAUGAAGCCCGCAAGCAGGGGGUCAAGACGGCAGUGGGAUUGCAGGCCCGCGCCAACCCGGCAGUUGCCCACCUGCGCAAACUGAUCGCGGACGGAUAUGUGGGCCGCGUAAUGACCUGCCACGUCCGCCUGAUGCGCGAGGGCGUAAUGACCCGCGACUCGGGGCGCACCUGGCAGCGCGAGGACGAAUCAGGCGCACAUACCCUUACCAUCGCCUGCGGCCACACCAUCGACGCCCUGAUGAGCGUCGUGGGUGAGUUCGCCGACGUGUCCACGGUCGUCAGCACCCAGGCCACCACUUGGCACGAGACCGACACGGGCAACGACCUGCCGGUAACUUCACCCGAUAACAUUCUGGUGAGCGGCAAUCUGCAGAGCGGCGGCGUCGCGUCGGUGCAGAUUGGCAACACGGCGUGGGCCGGCAGCGGCUACCGCAUGGAGAUAUACGGCGACGAGGGCACGCUGGUCGCUGUGUCGGUAGACUCACCGCAGUUGAAGGAAGUAAACAUCCGCGGCGCCCGCGGCGGCAACGACCUGCAAGACCUCGUCCCCUCCGAGGAACUGAUCCUGGCUCCCGAGAUGCCAGCCAACGAGGCCUACAACGUGGGGCAGCUGUACAGCAAAUUCGCCGCUUCCAUCCGUGGCACUUCCAACGGCGAGGACGCGGUGCCCGAUUUCGACCACGCGGUCGGCCUGCACCGGUUUAUCGACGCCAUCCGCCAGUCCAGCAACGAGGGCCGUCGCAUCGCUACCGCCUGA